ACGCAUCUUAAUUAUGCAAAAUAUACUCCAUUGGUAAUAUUGCAAGAGAGUACUGACAGCAUUUAACAAUGGCUCCUAAAAAGAUGCCUCCAAAGAAGGGAGGAGAUGGACCAAAACAACCCCCCCUGAUUGGACGUUUCGGGACUUCCUUGAAAAUUGGAAUCGUUGGGUUACCAAAUGUAGGGUGUGUGUCAGUCCCAGCUGGCACUCUGGCUGUAUGCAUGUUGGUGAAAGGUGCUCACGCAGGCCAGGGUUUGGGUAACGCCUUCCUCUCUCACAUCAGUGCCUGUGAUGCCAUCUUUCAUAUGACACGAGCUUUUGAGGAUGAAGAUAUUAUCCAUGUUGAGGGCUGUGUUGACCCAGUGAGGGAUAUUGAGAUCAUCCAUGAAGAGCUGAGGAUGAAGGAUGAAGAGAUGAUUGGGCCAAUCAUUGAUAAACUUGAGAAAACCGCUGUCAGGGGAGGAGACAAAAAACUCAAACCUGAAUAUGACAUCAUGUGUAAAAUAAAGUCCUGGGUUGUUGAUGAAAAGAAACAUGUUCGUUAUUAUCUUGAAUGGAACGACAAAGAGAUUGAGGUCUUGAAUAAGUAUCUGUUCUUGACGUCCAAGCCGAUGAUCUACUUGGUAAACCUCUCGGAAAAAGAUUACAUCAGGAAAAAGAAUAAAUGGUUGGCGAAGAUCAGAGAGUGGGUUGACAUUCAUGAUCCAGGUGCGCUGGUCAUCCCGUUCAGUGGGGGAUUUGAGAGCAAGUAUCAGGAUAUGACUGAUGAAGAGAAACAGAAAUAUUGUGAGGAGAACAAAACACAGAGUGUUCUGACUAAGAUCAUCAAGAGUGGGUAUGCAGCCCUGCAGCUGGAGUACUUCUUCACAGCAGGACCUGACGAAGUCCGUGCAUGGACCAUCAGGAAAGGCACCAAGGCCCCGCAAGCAGCUGGAAAGAUCCACACAGACUUUGAAAAAGGCUUCAUCAUGGCCGAAGUCAUGAAGUUCGCAGACUUUAAGGAGGAAGGCAAUGAAAACGCAGUUAAAGCUGCAGGAAAAUACAGACAACAGGGGCGGAACUACAUUGUAGAAGAUGGUGACAUCAUCUUCUUCAAAUUCAACACACCUAAUCAGCCCAAAAAGAAGUGAAGCCAGUUGGAUGGACAGUACUGUCUAUGGCACAUGCUCAGUCUCUUCAUUUAUGGCUUUGGAACAUUUAAAACACAAUCGCACCUUAGUGGUGUAUUAAGUACAUUUUUUAUUUUAUUAUUUUGGCUGAUGGCUGAAAUAAAUGAAAUGGCUGGUCUGCUUACAAAAGCUGCAUGUCACACAGCAGUUUAUUCUAAUAAAACACUUCCUCAGA